GAGGCCCUGAAAAGGUCGAAGGAGGCGAAAAAUGGCGCUUCGCGAGCCGGGCAGUCGUACGGGCCCGGUGCGCUGGGCUGCGGCCCUGCUCCUCGCUCUGGGCGUGGAAAGGGCUGUGGCGCUACCCGAGAUCUGCAGCCAGUGUCCAGGGGGUGUGCACAACGUGUCCGCAGUGGCGGUUUUCUGUGAGCAGACACCGGGGCUAACGCUGCGUGCGCGCUGCUGCCUGGGUCCGACGGGCGCCAUCGUGGGGCUGGAUCUCCAGAACUGUUCUCUGAAGCAGCCUGGUCCAAACUUCACUCAGGCACACAGCGCUGUCAUCGUAGAGCUGCAAACAAACCCCCUCAAGGGUGACCUGACCAACACCUUCCGAGGCUUUACACAGCUCCAGACAUUGGUACUGCCGCAGGAUGUCAGCUGUCCUGGGGGUGUUAGUGCCUGGGACAACAUCACCUCUUACGCAGACAACCAAACCUGCCAAGGGCAAAAGAACCUUUGUAACAGCACUGGAGACCCAGAAAUGUGCCCUGAGAAUGGAUCUUGCGCCCCCGAUGGUCCGGGUUUCUUGCAGUGUGUGUGUGCUGAUGGCUUCCAUGGAUACAAGUGUAUGCGCCAGGGCUCGUUCUCACUGCUUAUGUUCUUCGGGAUUCUGGGAUCCACCACCCUGUCCAUCUCUAUCCUGCUUUGGGGGACCCAGCGCCGAAAAGCCAAGACUUCCUGACCACAGGGGUGUUCUGCUGCUCUAGGACCACCAGCCAGGGAGAUCUGCGCGGUUGGCCCGUGGCGGCUCCUCCAGGCUGAAGCUGCUGUCGGAAGGAAGGCGGGGAACUGCACCUCCGGGAGUGUCAAGCGCGGGCCCCCGCCCGGUUCCAUUUGUGCUGCUGUUAGAAUAAACACUUUCUUCUCUCUCUUUA